GAGCCCCCCCGCAGCCUGGGCCGAGGGCUUGGGGCUGAGCCCCCCCGCAGCCUGGGCCGAGGGCUUGGGGCUGAGCCCCCCCGCAGCCUGGGCCGAGGGCUUGGGGCUGAGCCCCCCCGCAGCCUGGGCCGAGGGCUUGGGGCUGAGCCCCCCCGCAGCCUGGGCCGAGGGCUUGGGGCUGAGCCCCCCCGCAGCCUGGGCCGAGGGCUUGGGGCUGAGCCCCCCCGCAGCCUGGGCCGAGGGCUUGGGGCUGAGCCCCCCCGCAGCCUGGGCCGAGGGCUUGGGGCUGAGCCCCCCCGCAGCCUGGGCCGAGGGCUUGGGGCUGAGCCCCCCCGCAGCCUGGGCCGAGGGCUUGGGGCUGAGCCCCCCCGCAGCCUGGGCCGAGGGCUUGGGGCUGAGCCCCCCCGCAGCCUGGGCCGAGGGCUUGGGGCUGAGCCCCCCCGCAGCCUGGGCCGAGGGCUUGGGGCUGCCCCCCGACCCAGCCCGGCGCACGGCGGGGACCGGCUGGGGCAGCUCCCAAGCCGCAGGUCUCUCAGCGAAGCGGCGGGGAGCUGGGCCGAGGCGCGGGGCUGGAACCCCACGCGGCUCCCGCACUUGCUGCGACCACCCCGUCCGCGUGGGACGGAGCAGAGAGCCCUGUGCCCGCCGCCCGAGCCGGCAGGCCGCCCACGGCCCCGCUGCCCCACGCAGCCGGAGCUGAGCUCCCGUGCCCCACGCAGCCGGAGCUGAGCUCCCGUGCUUCUCGGCCGGGCCUGCUGGCAGGCGGCUUGCAGUCCCUUUAUUCUGACAGCCAGAUGUUAUGCCGUACCUGCAAGAAGAAAGAGGAAAGACAGCCCCAGCCAUUUGGAUGAUCUUCCUCCCACAAUGCUGAAGAAAGAUUAUGCCGAUGUCCCAGGAAUAAAUAGUGUUGACGAUGUAGUGAAAAGACUGUUGUCACUGGAGAUGGCAAGCCAGAAGGAGAAGAUGAAAAUAAAGAUACAGCAGCUGGUGGAGAAGGUCAGGAGGUCUCCCGAUGACAAUGGGUCCUUUGAGGUGCAAGUUGCUGUGUUGACUGCCAAGAUACGCACUUACGAGGAACAUCUUCAGAAGCAUCCCAAGGAUAAAAGUAACCGUCGUCGCAUGCUGAUGGAUAUAGAUCGCCGGAAGAAACUCCUUGCGUAUCUCCGCCGUGUCCGCUACGAUAUCUUUGAAAACACCUGCAAGCAGUUGGAUAUCACGUACACGCUGCCCCCUCCCUACUGCAGAAGGAUCACCAAGCGCUGGCUUGUGAAGAAGGCUCUCUGUGUCAAGGUCUUUCAGGAGGUGCAGAAGCUGAAAGCACCAGAGAAGCUAAAGCAGAGGAGAGAGUGGCAGGCGAGGAUGAGAGCCGCGAGGGAGAAGGAGGCGGCGGCGCAGUGCGAGGGGACGCCUGUGUAGCAGCACGUUGGGGCCGAUGCGGCCGGUCGAACAAUAAAGAACUACCUAAAGCCUC